ACAUCCGGGUAGCACCUCUCCGUAGUCUAGAUAAAGUCAAUAACAACCAAAGUAGCAGUUUAUUCGCUUUUAAAUGGUUUGAGCCGUUAAAAUAUGCCUUUAAACUAAAGAUGCUUCAACUGGAUGAACAUUUAAAGGCGUAGUUUUGAGUGAACUUCGCAGUAUGGAUACAGGAGGCUCAAAGAAAAUGCGACCCAGGGAGCUCCCGCCUCUUCCACAGCGUGGGCAGCGAACACUUCCUACAAUGCUGAGUCAGGAUGCAGUUGCACCAAAACAGAAGAAGAAGAGGGUGAGAAAGGAGGCAAAUGGAGUUGAUGAUAUGGAUGAUCAGGGGGUGGAGAUGGGAGGCCUGGGCAGCAGGAGGACGUCUGAGGUCGGAGAGCAACUUUCCCUUGAACCCGCAACUGAAGCGCCCACCCAGAGGAGGAGGAAGAAAAAGAAAGCUGCCACUAUAGAUCUUGAAGAUGACCAGGCUGAUCUGGUGAAUGGAGAUGCAGUGGAUCAGACCACCGAUGGAGAAGAAGUGGUACGAAAACCCAAAAAGAAAAAGAAGUCAAGAGUCGUUGAAUCACAGCUUCCCGAUGAGUUGGACGUGGAGGAGGAUGAUAUUAUCACUGACACCCCUCCUGCCAUCCCCCAGCAUUCCCUGUUCUCGGCCCCGCAGGGUCAGAGCCAGCCGGUUGGGAAGGUCUUUGUGGAGAGGAACAAACGUUUCCAGGCAGCGGAGCGCUCAGACUGGAGGAAGACCAGCGACCAGAUGGAUAACAUGACGGACCUCCAGCACAUGCAGCCGCUCUGGACCACCAGAGAUGUUUCUAUCAGAGUGCACGAAUGCUUCAGGGUGUUUGGUCUUUACUGUCACGGCUUCCUGGCAGGCUAUGCUGUGUGGAACAUCGUUGUGGUGUACAUGUUGGCCGGGCAACACCUCACCGCUCUGUCCAACCUGCUGGAGCAGUACCACAGCCUGGCUUACCCCUCCCAGUCUCUGCUCUACAUGCUGCUGGCCGUCAGCACCGUGGCCGCCUUCGACCGAGUGAAUCUGGCCAAAGGCUCCAUGGCUCUGCAGGAGUUCAUCACACUGGACCCCGUCGCACUCGCCUCAUUCUUGUAUUUCUCAGCACUGGUCCUCUGUUUGAGCCAGCAGAUGACCAGCGAUCGAAUCAACCUGUACCCGUCCUUCAACACAACGCUAUGGCCACCAGGGUCAGAGCACCAAAUUCUCCACCCGUGGGUGACAGUCAACCUGGUGGUGGCGCUGCUUGUUGGCCUGGCCUGGAUCUUCAUCGCCACACGACCUGAGACCGACUACACUGAAGGUUAUCUGAUGGCCAUGGAGAUUGAGCCGCCAAAACCAGAGGACAAAUCAGAAAUGACCGCCUGAGAAAAAUGACUGUAUAUUUGAUCUGAGACGACAGCUUUGAUGUCACUUUGCACAUAUUUUGCACCAUAUUUUAGCAGUGAACACUGAAUGUGUGAUAAUGUAUAUUAUUUUUGUAUUUUUGAAAUGUGAAUGUACUUGUUUCUUUCUAAAUACAAGAUUUUAUCCAACAAA